UGUAUCUGCUUUUGGUUGUCGGGACCAGCCAUUUCUUGAGUGUGUCAAUAUGGUGGCGACGGGAGUGUUUGUGGCGGUGGCGGAGGGCGUUGUGGUGACGCUACGCAACACCACGGUGUUUGUGCUUCCUUCGACCAGCUCGGCCACGCAGAAAUUGCUGCGAUUCGAGGUCCUACAGGGCGCAGACGGCGUGGCGGAGACUGUUGAGGACGAAGACGAGACCAAGAAGAAACAAGCUACGCAGCCUGCACCGCCGGCCAACCGCAUCACGACCGUGGAACUGUUCCAGCCUCAUGGAUCCGAUCUUCUAGCACUGCUUCUGCUUGUGGAUGAGCGACGUCUGGUCUACUACGAGCUGAACCUGACGGCCGAGACGCUUGUGCUCAAGGCCUCGCGUUCGGUUCCUCGUAGCGCCACGUGCAUGACCGUAGGCCACUUAAAACUGCCCACUGGAGAGACCAAAUACGCAAUUGUGGUGGGUCAGAAGACGGGCGAGGCUGUGGCCGUGCCCUUCCCGGACGUGGACCGCGACCUCAAGACGUUGCUGGGCCACACCACAUCCAUGGUCACUCACGUGGCCGUAAACCACGACUCAUCACUGCUGCUCACGGCCGACCGAGACGAGAAGCUGCGUGUAUCCAGGUUUCCGAACGCUGCGGUCAUUGAGAGCUACUGCUUGGGCCACGCUGCCAGUCUGACAAAAGUGGCUUGCAGUGCUGUGACCCCAGACCUUGUGGUGUCCACAUCCAUGGACAACACCUUAAAGCUGUGGCAGAUGACGACGGGCAAGCUACUCGCAUCAGAAACUCUACUUCCCGGUGUGGAGGUAUCUCUGGAGCCUUUAGAUGAGGAAGCCAGCAGCGCCAGUGACAGUGGCCGCCAGGCUGCCAAGAGUCUGAUCAACGUGUCGCUGGCCAUUUGCCCCAAGGCGAACGUUGUGGCCGUGCUUGUGAACUACCAGCAUGUGCGAUUCUUCGAGGUCGUGGCUGAUGGUGAGGCCCACACGCUAAAGGAGCUGGAGAUCUCUAACGAGGACGUGCAGACACUACUGGCGAAUGAACCAUGCGAGCUGCUGUUUACGGAGGACGAAAAUCUGGCCGUGUCGUACAAGAAGAACCCAUUCCUGCAGUUGUUUUCGCUUUCUAAGGAGAGCAAGAGGUUGUCACCUGUUGACACAGUGAGCGCUGCAUUUAAAGACUUCCGGACCGCCGCUGAGACGAUUGAAUUGGUCGAUGACGAGGAGAAGGCUUUGGAGGUACUUGAGGACGGACUGAAGAAGAAAAAGGCUAGGACUGGCGAGUGGAACAAGAAGGUGCCUGGUGAGAAUUAAUCCGAAUGGGGCUUUACUUUGGUGUGCUUUUAUGUUUUGCUUUGUAUUUUGCUGUUCCCGAUGCACUUGGAUAUAGUAAUUUCGUAAGACUUCCGAAUUUUGGGGGUUGCAUUUUCGUG